GCCAUAGAUGUUUUGUUUACUAACCUGCUCCAGACAGGCCGUUUCUCUUCCUUAUAGCCAGCAGCUAAACUACAUUCUUGCUGACAGCAGAGAUUCUCAAUGGAACGUGCGUGUCAGCUGACAGUUUUUAUGAUGCUAGCAUGGUAACUUCGGUGUUAGCAUACACAUACCGCUCUUCUUUAGCUUUUAUUGGUGUCGUUGCAUUUGAAUCUCUCGGGGUUUAACCCACCUGGCGGAGGUUUUAUCGUACAACCGGAACAUUAAUUAAGUGAGCUACACAAGGAGAUUGGACAGAAAGUAACAAUCCAAGUUGCCGUAUUAGCAUUAGCAAGCUAGAAGCUAAGAAGUAGAUCUCCGUAGUAGCUAAGUAACAGUAACAGUAGCUAGCUGAGAUCUGUAGCAGUUGGUGAUUUAGCUAAACCAGUGGGCGUGUGCAUGGGGAGCGAUGAAGUGUGUGUUUUAAGUUUAAUAUAGACAAUAUAAACUUUAUACUUCUAACCAAGGUAAAUGCUGAUUAAAUGGCAAAAUCCGAGAAGGGUAAUGGACUCGAAAUGCGUGGCAGCACAGAGAAGCUGACAGAUAAUGGCAAAGGUAACGCGCACGGACACGACCCAGAGGUGAACGGUACAGUCCCCGAAGAGAGUCAGGUAGACAAGUACGGCUUCACAGGAGGAACCCAGAAGUACUCAGGAGAAUUUGCUGAAGAGGUCCCCAUUGAAGUUUUGAGGCAGCGGGAGGCAAAAUGGCUGGACAUGCUCAACAGCUGGGACAAAUGGAUGGCCAAAAAACACAAGAAGGUGAAAGAUCGGUGUCAGAAGGGAAUCCCUCCAUCCCUGCGUGGUCGGGCCUGGCUCUACCUCACUGGGGGCAAAGUGAAACGGGAGCAAAACCAGGGCAAGUUUGAGGAACUGGACAACCAUCCAGGUGAUCCCAAAUGGGUUGAUAUCAUUGAGAGGGAUCUUCAUCGACAGUUCCCCUUCCAUGAAAUGUUUGCUGCAAGAGGAGGCCACGGGCAGCAGGACCUGUCUCGAGUGCUGAAGGCUUAUACUCUGCAUCGACCUGAAGAGGGUUAUUGUCAGGCUCAGGCUCCCAUUGCUGCUGUACUCCUGAUGCAUAUGCCAGCUGAGGAUGCUUUUUGGGUUCUUGUCCAGAUCUGUGAAAAAUACCUUCCUGGAUACUACAGCACAGGGCUGGAGGCAAUCCAGCUCGACGGGGAGAUCUUGCAUGCUCUGCUGAAGCGAGUGUCUCCUGUGGCCCACCGGCACUUAAAGAAACACAAACUGGAACCUAUCCUGUACAUGACCGAGUGGUUCAUGUGUGCCUUUUCUCGGACUCUGCCGUGGGCCUCAGUGCUUCGAGUCUGGGACAUGUUCCUCUGUGAGGGAGUGAAGAUCCUCUUCAGAGUGGGCCUGGUUCUCCUGAAAUGCAUGUUGGGAUCCCAAGAGAAACUGAAUGCCUGCCAAGGUCUCUAUGAGACAAUGGAGCUGCUGCGAUCACUACACCCACAGUACUUACAUGAAGCCUUCCUGGUGCGCGAGAUAAUAGAGUUACCAGUGUCUGAGCGGGACAUUGAGAAGGAACACCACGCUCAGCUGCGGCUCUGGAAGGAGACUCAUGGAGAUCUACAUUGUAAGUCCCCUCCAAGGAUGCAUGGUGCUAAGGCUAUUAUUGCUGCCGAGCCACCUAGCCGACAGCAUCUGAGACAGAGACCUACCAUCAUCGUUGAGUCUCCUCUGGCACCCAAGUCAGAUGGGAUGCAAGCAGAGGUGGUCAGUGAAAUAAAGACAACAGAAGAAAAUGGGUAUACAAUGGAUCUCCCACCACAGGAGACCUUUAACCCAUAUCCUGCUACCAGUAACCUGUCACCACUUAAAGACUUGACCAUACAGGGGUCCAAAGAGAGUUUGAGUAGUGCAGAGCAUGACACUUACUUGUAGUAGGGGCAAGUUUAAACUAGUUUACGAGAAUAAAUCAUUCCAUCCAGCUCUGUUUUAGCAGUGACACUCACCAGUUUUCUGUCAAUUUUCCAAAACAUGAUAAAGCUUAAGUGUGCCUGACAGUCAUAACUGUCUCUGGAAUUCUAGGACUAUUUUUAUAAUAUACAAGAGAUGUAAAGCUGAACACAUUGCAAUUAUACAGACAACCAAAGCACUAAUACUAAAACACAUUUUCAUUGUCAUUUCAUUCCUCGAGGUUGCUGGUUGUUGUACCUUUUAAUCAAGUAAUUAGGUCAUGAAUAUUAAGCUAGAGUGUUUUUUUAAAAGACAUGGAACUCUGAUGUGUUUAAUUCAGGGAGUUUGGGAGCAUGUAAGUGAGGUUUUAACCUGUGGGAAUGUGAACCCGAUGGCUUCUUAGGAUCGAACAUUUAGGAAUAUAUACUCACGUAUCUUGCUGCUAUUUACUCAUUCAAGGCAGUGCUAACUUGUUUUAAGUAAUUUCUUAAGACUUUGUCUUAACAUUGACGAGAUGUUUAGUCUUCCUGUUUGCUUACAUUUGACACUAAGUUGCCAACACAGAUUAGUAUUUAUCCUGCUUUGUUAGACAUUCACACUAAUAAUCAGACACAUGAGCCCCUUUUAUUUAGCAAUCACAAGCAAAACCACUGUCUUUAUAAAUCUGCUCUUCCCAAAACUCAUUCCCACCCCUGCUUACAAGCAGAACACCAAUGCACAACAAUCAGUCCGACUUUGAACAUGCUGCGUGAAAAAGGCUUCAUUUAAUCAGGUUGUCUGUUCAGCACAGUGGAUUAAGCCCUGUGCUGCAUCUGUGUUUGCUGCCACUGAACACACGGGGGCAUCCUGACAUCAUCUCAGUCUCAGCAGUAGAGAGGGAACAAAAAAGUGUCCAAGGAGGAGACGUUGAGAGAGAACACCAAACUCAGCUGCACCGCUGGAAGGAGAGAAAGUAACCUCACAGGUUGUUAUUCUUCAGUGAAGGAACAAAGCGCAGGGACCUUUUGUGCUAUUAAGCCAAAGUUUUGUAUCCAGAUUUUUAAGAUAUAUAUACGAGUGAAAUGAUUUCUAUCAGUUUGGGACCACAGAGAGUUUAUAUUUAUAUUAAGAAUUAAAUGUGGUAAAUCCAAAAGAAUGUUAAGCUAUUUGUAAAAUCCCAAUCAAAGGUUUGUGGCUCAGUUGAUUUAAAACAACAAAAGAUUAUUGUUAUGAAAAAAAAGUGCCAUAUAUCAGCUUGAAAAUUAUUCUGGUUUUAAAAACUACACAUGAAGUAAAAGUGAUGUUCAGAUGUAACCUUUGGCAUUUGCCAGAAAACAGUAUUUAAAAUGCAUCUGAGCAGCAGAACAUCAGGUGAGUCGUCAACCUUUGAUAAUGAUAAUAAAAAUUGUAUGAUUACAAAUUUUUAUAUAUGGGCUUGUAACUGAAGAAAGUUGUUUGAAAUGAAGUCUCAAGCAAUCGACAUCCAGUCCAUUAUUUUAAAUCAUAUAUAGCUAUUAUGGAAAUUGUUGUGGGUAUGUGUUGAUUUUAAUAACUGUACAGAUAUCUGAAAAUAUGCUGCUGGUUUUAUUUGUUUCUAUCAAUCCAUCCAUUUUCUGUACUCGCUUAUUCCAAUGUAGAGUCACAGGGUCUCUUUUUUUAUUUCUGUUCCCUCUGAAGUUGUUUGGAUAUACAUUGAAGCUUUUUUAUAUUUAAAUUUACAUGUUUUUUUUUUCUCAUUUCUGUUAGAAAAACUGAUUUUGACCUACAUGCUUGUUGGAUUCCUAUAAAAGCUUUCUACUGUCCAGUGACAUGCAUAUGUUGCCACUGAACAACAGUCAGUGAUGAGUCAAGCAAUCAUUUUUAAAAAAUUAUAUCAAGAUAUAUAUUAUUUUUAUUAACUUCAAUAGCCAUAAAAGAUGUACACUUAAUUUAGUCAGUAAAAUUCUACUUAUCAUCCUUACAACACUUGUAUUUUAAGACCAAUGUGUUGGUGUAGGGGGAUCUAUUUGCAGAGUGGGAACGGUUUUUGCCGUCUAUAUCUGGAGACUGCAGCUUGUCCUUCACAAUGUGCAGGGUCACCAAGUUGCUACAGAGUCUGCCUUUCAUAUUUACCCUGACUUCCAUAGUGGUUCUCAGGCUUGGGUUGAUUCAUGUGGUUUCAGUUUGCAACUUCACAGGCAGAUGUCACUAAAUCCUAAACUUUUAUCCUUUUCAAAGAAACAUCCAUUAAGCCAGCUACUUGGGGAAAAAUGCAACAUGUCUUACUGUUUUACUCAGUGUGUAAGAAUAUUUCUGAUCUUGUUGCUCUUUAGACUUCAUAUCAAAUGUCUGGGUUCUUUUUUUUCUUUUUACCAAAUUGCAUUCUAAUCAAUAAAACUUGAAACUCUUUUA